AUUACAGUAGAAUUAACCAGAGUCAAUGCAUUGUGCCAGUGUAACCAGCGCUGCCAGCCACCACAGAGGGGACUGCAGCCACCACUGGCUUCACCCUCAUGCCAUGCUUGUCAGCUGUGCCUCCUUCCUAUUCCAGAGCAGAUUCAUGGCCCAUUGUGCCUGAGCUCCACAUUGUGUUGUGGGCAUCAGUGGUGCCCCUCCUGUGUAGUCAGCCACAUAUAUGUAUUAGUCUCCCUCCUGUGUAGUCAGCCACAUACAUGUAUUAGUCUCCCUCCUGCCUCUGCUCCCCUCCCCCACCUGGAUCCCAGCGCUGUGUACACGCUCUCUGCCUCAUUCUCUCUCCCUCCAUCUCUCUCCCCUUUUCUCUCGAGUAGUUUUUUUCACAGUGGUUUCUCCCAGUGACAUAAUAACAGGAUGCUGAAGUCUUUCUCCUUUUCUGCAAAAUAUCCCCUUUUAAAAUAAACGCCAUUUCCCAGAACCUUCCAGGGCAUAAGGGAGAGAGGAGCGGAGACAUCCAGGGAUUUGUGAAGCAUCUUCAGCUCCCCCCAAUAUACCCAGACACACAUCCCCAUCCAAGCACACCUUAUAACAAAGGUGUCUGACGGCCAGCCCAUGACCCACGGCUGCACAAUCUUCCAUGUAGCCACUAUUCUAGAAUGCUUUGACAAGAACUUAUAGGAGUAAACCCCUAAAUGAUUGCUGUAAAAAGGCAUAUCAGAGGAACAUGGACAUCAGGAACAAUGUUUUAUACUGGCACAGAUGGCAGAACUGUUCCUAGUAAUGCAAGAGGAAUCCAAAAAAGAUUGACCUUGAAACCCAUGGAUCUUAGCCUAGACAGUCAAUGGAACACAACUUGAGGCUUUUUGAGAAGAUAGUCCUGAGCAAUUCAGUGGCUUCUCUUGUCCUCUGGCAAAAGCAUUUGAGUUUCUGCUGACAUUGAAGGCCUAAGGUAAAAUAAGACCAGAAGAAGGUAGAACCGACCAAAGAGCACACAUUUUACCAAAGAAGAAGACAUUGAGCUUCUUCUAUCAAAAACUAAUUCUCGUGUGAAUUGGAAACCCCCAACCUGUCACCCUGGAGUCGUGGAAGAGGUGGAAUGAAGGUAGAAUGGUGUGGUGUGAAAAAGGGGUUCAGAUUCUUCUGACCACGGUAGGAGCUUUUGCUGCAUUUGGGCUGAUGACAAUCGCAAUAGGAACUGAUUACUGGCUGUAUGCCAGGGCCUUCAUUUGCAAUACCACUAAUAUAUCAAGUGAGGAAACUCCACUGAAAGAUAAGAAAGACCCUGGAGGGCUGACACAUUCUGGCCUCUGGAGAAUCUGCUGUUUGGAAGGCCAAAAAAGAGGGAUCUGUGUAAAAAUAAAUCACUUCCCAGAAGACACAGAUUAUGAUCACGACAGUGCUGAAUAUCUUUUACGUGUGGUUCGUGCCUCGAGCAUCUUCCCUAUCCUCAGUGCCAUGCUCCUAUUACUUGGGGGCCUUUGUGUUGCUGCCAGUCGUGUUUACAAAUCUAAGCGUAACAUCAUUUUGGGGGCUGGAAUUCUAUUUGUUGCUGCAGGUUUAAGCAACAUUAUUGGUGUCAUUGUUUACAUUUCUGCCAAUGCCGGAGAUCCCGGCACUAAGAGAGAUGAUGAGAAGAAGAGUCAUUAUUCAUACGGUUGGUCCUUUUAUUUUGGGGGACUUUCUUUUAUCAUUGCUGAAAUGAUUGGGGUACUUGCGGUUAAUAUCUACAUUGAAAAGAACAGAGAAGCACAUUGUAAAUCACGUACUGAGCUGAUCAAAAACCCAUCAGCCAUUCUUCGUUUACCAAGCUAUCGUUUUCGAUAUCGUCGGCGCUCUAGAUCAAGUUCACGAUCCACUGAACCUUCUCAGUCAAGGGACACUUCUCCUGUUGGAGUGAAAGGGAUACCAUCUACUGACAUCUCCAUGUACACCUUAUCAAGAGAUACCUCCAAGGCUAAUGUAAGCAGUCUGUAUAAUACAGAGCGUGGAGAUCACAGUUUUUUACAGCUGCACAACUGCUUUCCUAAGGAACCUGGGGUUACCGUCACGGUCACAGGACCAGCCUCAAACACAGGCACCCUGGGCAAGGACGGUUCAAAUACCAACACUCUUAACAGGAAAACCACCCCUGUGUAGGUGGUCCCAAGGCUAAGGUCUUCUAAGUGAGUGUGUGAAAGUGAGUGAGUGCACAAUCUGUGUGAUAGGAUGUAAGUUUUAGGAUGGAGGUAGGAGCCAUUUUAUGCCAUGUAGCUGCCAAUUUCUGAUAAAGAGGUGUUAGGAAUCUCUCUAUCAGUGAAAGAAAUUUUGGAACCAAAUGAAAAAUGUGAUAAUCCCUGCAUUAUAUUGUUUUGAUAAAACUGACUUGUUACAAGAUAAUGUACAUUAUAGGAUGCUAACAACUGUUCUUUCCAAAAACAGAAACACAAAUAUCUUUGGUCAUUGCUGCAAAGCUGUAGUUUCUCUCAAAAAGUACCUGCAACAUAAAGAUGGAACUAUUACAUAUUGUAAACCAAGACAAAUUCCAUAAAUGAUUCAGAAGUCCUGUCAGCUUUCAUUGCUGUUUUAGUAGAUACUGGCAUUCUCCAUAAAAUAACAAUCCUUGAGCAUCCAUUCUCAAAACUCUUCAUUGUGUCAUUCCUGGAAAUGUAGAAACAAAUUGACAACUGGAUGUGACCAUUCCACUUUAUAAAGGGGGAUGUGUCCUCAAACUCUUACACUAUCCAUUUACAGCUAAUGAUAGUAUGAUAUUGUGGAGGGACACACAUUUUUGAUAGUGUGAAUGGGAUACAGAUAAAAUUACAAGCACCUGUACUAUGGAAAAUGUAUGGCAGGAGAAAGUUUGAACCAGUGUAAAAGUUGGUUUAAAUAAUGAAGAGGCUGAAGCACUUACCAAAGUGCCACAACCCCUUCAACCAGCUGAUCAGUGGGGGGUGCCGAGAGUCAUCUACACCUGAUAACACCUGGGUAUACAUGUUGGAUCUGUGGGGUAUUAAUGUGUUAAAUGUCCAAAAACCAUGGAGAAAACCUGCAAAGGGUUUACCUCAAAUGGCAAAAGUAUUGCAGCUGGUGCAAGCGAAGUGCAUGAUAACUUUUGUCCAACUUUCAGUAAACCAUGAGUACAUGUAUUUCUCGCCCUAAAGGCAUGUUACCACCCAAAGCUUCAACAUGUGAACCCAGCCUAACUACCCCUCUCUGGAUUGAUUUAUCAUUUGAUUACAGGUUUGGUGAUGAUGUUCUCGAUCUUUAGAUAGGUGAAGCCUUCUAGGACCUACGUGUACAAAACAAAGUUUUACAACAUUGGUUUAACAUAUCUGAAUAGUUCACAAUCAAUGCCCUUUGCAUGGUAACAGGAACAUGGAAUUCUCUCACUCAAAAUAUCCGUUUGACAUAUCUGAAGGUAUUAGUAUUACAUAUAUGGGUGUGAUAUGUAAUAUAUACCAGCAUCUCAUAAGUAAGUGCACCCCUCUGAUAUUUUCAUGUGACAACACUAAAGAAAUGAUACUCUACUAUAAUGUAAAAUAGUGAGUGGAUAUUUUCACUUAGGGGUGUACUCACUUUAGUUGCCAAGGUUGAGACAUGGCAGUGUGUUGAGUUAUUUUAAGGGAACACAACAAAUUAAACACUGUUAUACAGGUUGUGCACUCACUAUUGUACAUUGUAGCAGAGUGUCAUUUCCUCUUAGUUUUCCCAUGAAAAAAUAUAUUAAAAUAUUUACAAAAAUGUGAGGGGUGUAUGUGAGGUACUGUAUAAGAGAAUAGUUUAACUCAAAAUAACUUACAAACUUAUACACUUGAUGAUUAGAAUAAGUAAGAAUAGCUUAAAACCAUGUCUCUAUAUCCAUUUUGCAUUAGUUGAUGGUGAAUCCCUGAAGCAUAAGGGGCUUGAAUGGUCUCUUUGCCUCAAAUGAAUAAGCCAUUACUACAAAUGAUUUAGUAGCUUCAUUGUCUAUCCCUUAAUUCAUUGGUGAAAAUUUUUAAUGUAUUUAAGACCAAGUGCCAAAUGUUGCCAUGAGGUUAUGUAGCUGAUGUUCAGCAAGACUGAAGAAUAUCACCAUAAAAUGGCCAUUAUAACAAAAUAUGAAAGUUUCUUUUCUUCUCCCUUUGAAUCUGGUAAACUUAAAAAAGACAAAAAAAUUUAAUUCUGAACUUUUUUUUGCUAACCAGAAAAAUAACAUAUACAAGAUCAAUUCAAUUUAAAAGAUACCACACCAAAAAAGACAUAGGUUGGAAACAACACUGAUGCAAAUCAAAGAUUGAAAUUCCAUGACAAACUUGUUACACAAACUAUAUGUCUCUUCGAUAGUAAAGGGUGGGACGCCAUUAAAAAGAUUUAUUAUACACUGUAGCUUAGCUUUGCUGGACACUGAGUAUUUCAUAUAAAGAAGUCUGGCAAAUCAUGUUUAGUUUCAGUAAAGCCUGAAUGUCACUGUAGUUAAAAUCAUGACACAAACUGCAGAUGGAGUGCACAACAUGAUUGAGGGAGAACUGCAGCACAACAUUUUUCACUUCCCCUGUGCCCGGGCUGCAAAAACGAAAAAAAAAA